CUGGCGCGGUUGGUUCACGCGAGUCUUCACGGUAAAAAUUUCGAUCGUAGUCACAUGUAAACGAAAUGGAUGUCCUGCCGAGCGGUAGUUUAUUCCGCGAGUUGCAGGAUGUGACGGACACUGGAUAUUUCGAGUACAAGGUGUCGCUGGAGGAUAACUGGCAACAGACAUGCUACGAGAUGGCGCGGUACCUCCGGGAGGAGCCGAGGAAGAGGAGGGAUCCCCCUCAGGAGGAGGAAUGGGCAAGAUCCGCGACCUCGUCUCCUCCGUCACCUCCAUCUCCGAGGCUGUUUACCAUCACGGCGGUGAAGAGCGAACCACCAAGCGAUUGCGACGAGCCUGAAAUCAGGGACUUACCACCAUCACCCCCGCCGCCGGUGCGUCGCCCGAACCCUCCGCGCCAACAUGCGCUGCCGCACGCCGCAGAUCCUAGGCGGCGCGUGCACCGCUGCGAGUUCCCGGCCUGCGAUAAGGUCUACACCAAGAGCUCGCACCUUAAGGCGCACAAACGGACUCAUACAGGAGAGAAGCCAUACAAGUGUUCGUGGGAAGGCUGCGAGUGGCGGUUCGCCCGCUCCGAUGAACUCACUCGGCACUAUCGCAAGCACACGGGCGCUAAGCCGUUCCGUUGCCGCCAUUGCGAGCGUUGCUUCUCGCGCUCCGACCACCUAGCGCUUCACGCGAAACGCCAUGCGUAGCCCCCAAUCCAACCGCCUGCUCCGAAGAAACGUAACCGCAAUCGCUCGCGCAAACAGUAAGCGAGCAACGAUGCGGUACGUUGCAAUGGGCGCGCCUCUCAUCAUGUUUAAUUGGUUCUGUUUAUGGGUUGUUGUAAAUUGUGAUCUUCAUGGAAUUGAACGUUGUGAACGGUUCGUUUGUUCUCUUAGUGUUUCGUUAGUAUGAGGCGCGCGCCCUCGGAGCGGCGCGGUGCGGGGUAGGGCCUCGCGUGAUAACCAAAGAUUACGCUACGCACUGUAGCUGAGUCAAAACUCACUUCACAUAAUGCUUUAAGGUUAAUUUUUAUUAUUAUUUUAACGGCAAAGAGCGGAUAGUUUGUUUGCAAUAUCUUUGGCACCGGCCUUCAUAGUUACAGUUCUUUGUUGCUAUUAAAUGACGUUUUAUUAUAUUAACCGUUGUUUAGUAUAUAAUGUUUUGUAUGCUUCGUGUACAGAGAGUUUUUUUAUGUCGUUCGGUCGCAUAGCGGCCGCGCGCGAGAGUUGUGCCAUUGUCCGCUAGGGCGCGG